UCCGAAAACUUCACGAACGUUUAUAUCAAGCACAUCCCGCCUUCCUGGACCGAGGAGAAGAUCAGAGAGGAGUUUGGUGCCUUUGGAGAGAUCACUAGCUUUGCUAUGCAGACGGAUCCCAAGGGUAGACGAUUCGCCUUUGUGAAUUUUGCUGAGUUCGAGCAGGCCAGGGCGGCAGUCGAGGAUAUGGAUGGUGAAGAUGUUAGGAAUGAGGAAGAGAAAGCUGCUGAUAAGGCACAGAGGGAACGUGAGCGUGAGGAGAGGAGGGUGGCUCGAGAGGCUGUGGGUGAUGAAGUUGAAUCUGAUGACGAUGUAGAACCAGAGAGCUAUCGUUUGUAUGUCGCUCGAGCCCAGUCGAAGGCUGAGCGUGCAGCUGUGCUGAAAGAACAGUUUGCGGCUGGAAAGGGCGCCCAGGGUGGUAGGUUUGGCGGAGUUAAUUUAUAUGUAAAGAAUCUUGGGGAAACGGUGGAUGAUAAUGAGCUGAAGAGAAUGUUUGAGCCCUUUGGGACGAUCACGUCGGUUAAGGUUAUGACUGAUGAUAAGGGUGUGUCCAGGGGGUUCGGCUUUGUGUGCUUCUCAACGCACGAGGAGGCUACUAAGGCGGUCACUGACAUGCAUUUGAAGUUGAUUGGUGGGAAGCCUUUGUAUGUGGGAAUGCACGAGAAGAGGGAACAACGUUUGGAGAGGCUCCAGCAGAGGUAUAGGGCCCCUCCACAGCAUGAGAUGGGUGGCUUUAAUAAUGGUCCACCGAGAGGGGGCUAUGGUGGUGGUAUGGUGGGCCCUGGAGGCUUCGGGGCCGGUCCGGGUGGUGGUUUCAAUCAGCCUCAUCCUAUGUAUUAUUCUGGUGGAGGAGGGGUGCCAAGAGGAGGUCCACACAUGCGUGGUGGUGGCUAUAGAGGAGGUAUGCCUUCACAUGCUGGACCACCUCAGUAUGGUGGUGGUGGCCCUAGAGGGUACGGCGGCCCUCAGCAAGGUAGGUCCAACGAGGUCGUACUGUUGCUACUACUCAUCUCGCUUGGUGUGUGGUAG